UCUCUUCGUUCAUCCCUUGUGUUAUUCAACUGUUUACUUGAACGAUAGAAAUAUAAUGGCAACCAGAGAUUUGUUUCAUGUUUUGGUCCUUGUCUGCUGUUGCCUUUUGGCUAGUGAAGCAUCCGCAAGGCAACUCUCUAGCUCCGGCAAGCCAGGUCAUACACUAGCGGCAAGGCUUGAUCAUAAUCGAGGCUUUGCCGAGUGCUGGAAUGCACUGAAUGAACUGAAAUCGUGCACCGAUGAGAUUAUUCUCUUCUUUGUUAAUGGCCAAACUGAUAUUGACACCGAGUGUUGUGGUGCGAUUGAGGUUAUCACUCGUCAUUGUUGGCCUGCCAUGCUCACGUCCCUUGGUUUCACAUCUGAGCAAGGCAACAUUCUUAGAGGCUACUGUGAUGCAUCUCCUGCUCCUGGUCCUGCUGCUACUGCUACUGCUACUGCACCACCUCUCGCUGGCAGCCCGGUUAGUCCCGUGCCUGCGAUUUAA